GCCCUUGCUUGCGUCUGAAGAGCAGCUGUUGUCUUUAUCGUCAUCAUCAUCAUCAACUCCUGAGGAAUCGUAAUGAAAACCGCUCAGUUCCUUUUGCUGUGCAUCCUUGGAGCUGCUUUGUUGUCUGCAGUUAACUGCAACAAUGCAAAUGGUCCCGACAACUGCUGUUUCAAGUUGUACCCGGGAAGAAUUCAAGCAAACCUCAUCAAGUCGUAUCGACUGACUGAUCACCGAUGCCCAAAGUCUGCCAUCAUCUUCAUUACCAAAAAGUCUCGUUCAGUGUGUGUGGAUGCGUCUGCCUCCUGAACCCAACGCAUCAUGAAAAGACUGGACCAGAGC